AUGGGUAGGAGAGGAGGGGGAAGGGGGUGGAGACAGGUGGCAGAUGACUCAGGAGAAGGGUGGAAUGAUGAGCAAGAAAUGGAGAGAGAGGGAAAGGAUGUGGAUGACGUGAGGGAGAGCGAGAGAGAAAGAGAAAAGCAGAAAAUAAAGAAGCGAUGGCUUUCAUUUGCCCAAAGCAAAUGGGAUUCUUGA